CUUUCCAGUCUUCUGUCUUAGUAGCUGCCUGUUGUUUUCUCCUUCAUAUUAUGCCAUCACCUGUUCCUCUUAAUCGUUUUCUUUCUUUUGAGUAUUCCCCCUCCGCAAAUUUGCGCCCCUGCAGCAGCCCUUUAGUUAUCCCUGGCAAAGACAGCAAAAGCUUUUUGGGGGGAGCCUCUUCAACCAGGACUCAUCGCUUGCCCUCACGCCUGUCCUGGUGCUCCAUUGACUGGGAGCAGCUCUGCCUCCUGCAGCCCUUAGGAUCUGGGGGCUUUGGCUCUGUCUACAAAGCCACCUACCAUGGUGCAACGGUGGCUGUGAAGCAGGUGAAGAAGAGCAGCAAAAACCGGCUGGCAUCGCGGCAGAGCUUCUGGGCUGAGCUGAACGUGGCCCAGCUCCAACACGAUAAUGUGGUACGUGUGGUGGCUGCCAGCACCUGUGCCCCGGCCAGCGAGAACAGCCUGGGCACCAUCAUCAUGGAGUAUGUGGGUAACAUCACUCUGCACCAUGUAAUUUAUGGCACUGGGGAUGCAUGGAGACAGGGGGAGGACGAUGAAGAAGGAUGUGGAAGGAAGGCCCUGAGCAUGGAAGAGACCGUGUGCUAUUCUUGUGACAUCAUGACAGGCUUAGCCUUUCUGCACUCACAGGACAUUGUGCACUUGGACCUGAAGCCUGCAAAUGUUUUCAUCACUGAGCAGGGAGUGUGCAAGAUUGGAGACUUUGGGUGCUCCCAGAAACUGGAGAAGGGCUCGUCCCAGAGCGCCCGCGUUUGCCAGCAAGGGGGCACGUACACACACCGUGCCCCUGAGCUCCUCAAGGGGGAGAGGGUCACUGCCAAAGCGGACAUCUACUCGUUUGCCAUCACCCUCUGGCAGAUGGUGACGCGGGAGCAGCCGUACCUGGGCGAGCGGCAGCACGUGCUUUACGCCGUGGUCGCCUACAACCUGCGCCCUUCGCUGGCCGCCGAGGCCUUCCAGGGGUCAGCGGCCGGCUGCACCCUGCGCGGCAUCGUCAGCUGCUGCUGGAAGGCCAACGCAGAGGAGCGGCUGCGUGCAGACCAGCUGCUGCCCAGCCUCAGGGCCCUCAAGCAGAGCCUCUAGGACAACUCGGCACUCUUUAUAUUCCUUGUGUCCACUUUUCUUUCCCUCUACUCUUCCUCUAACUAGUUUAGCCACUGUGAGAUCUAAAGGUUUUGUUGCUGAUUUUUAUACUUGAAAAAAACAAACCCCAAACUGUUUUGAUAUAAGAAAAUUUAAAAUAAAGAGAUUAAUGGAACUGGGGUUUUAUCCUGGAAGGGAAUAGUGGCAAAGAUGAAGAUGCUGGCAGACACAAUUUUUGUCUGGUUGAUGUGUUGUGUGCUGCCUUGCUCACUAGGAAAUGUGACGUGCAGAAAAAUUAUUGGUUGUAAGUAAGUGAAGUACAAACAAGGGUCUGCUUUUGGAAGGUUCUUUAUGCAUAAUACCUUUUGGUAUUUUUAAAAUGUCAAAUAUGAGUAGUUCUUGACACCAGCUAGGGUAGUGUAUUUGAGCUUUUCCUGUUCACUUACCAAGGAAUGAGUAUGUAUUACAAAUGCAGAAAAAUAAAUACAGUGUGUCAGUGGUCUAUUUAACCCGUUCUUAGAUGUGUUAAUUUCAGUAAGUAUACUGCUUCUGAUACGGAAAAUGUGAACUACUCACAUACUCCUUGAAAUAAGGAACCUUUUUGUCAGUCUAAGCCUACUAAGAGUAAGAAGUUGUAUUAACAACCUGUCCUUUUUAUAAGGCUUCCCUGCUAUGAGGUGUGUCAGUAGCAACUUGCUAGUUGGAACACUGUAAAUUUUGAAGCAUUGUGAGAUUUUGUGCAGAACAGAGUUUAAAAAAAAAGUAGGGGGGAAAGAAUGGUCAAGUGAGGAUUAUUUUGCUUUAUAACACAUGGCUCAGUAUUGGACAAGAUACUGGAAGUACUGAAUAGGAAGUUUGCUUACAGCAGUAAUAAUGUUCCUCUGCCGGUGCUCAAAGCAUGCACUGUUGAACUAUCCUGUGCACGGCUUAUGUCUUAUCUGCUAUCUUUCCUAAUCUGGUUGUAGUGUGUCUGGGAAAGGAAGUGCUGUAGGCAAUGCUGAAGACAAAAAGCUCUGAUCCCUGACUUAUCAGAACUGAUAAUUGUACAUCUGCACCCUUAUCUGGAGCUGCCUGCUGUAGAUGAUAUUGCCAUUCUGCUCAAAACCUCCGCUUCUUUUUAAGACAGGAGGAAGAAUGAUGUUUCAGUCAAAUUGAUUUUUCUUCUUUACCCUUCCUCCCCCUUGCUUCCAUUCUGGAAAAAAAAAAAAUCCCAAAGGAAUUGAGCCCGUUUCCUGAUUUCUGACACACAUCUGUUCUUAGCCCCGUGAAAUCCUGGAAAUGAGCAACUAUGUGAAUUUGAGAUGAUUCUGUAGGUCUUUAUGGUAUUUGGGUUGGUAAUUGAAAUUAAUGGUUUAUAAAGCAUAUCUAAGCUUAACUAUUUCUUGGUCUUCUGUCCCCUUUAAGUGGAAAUAGAAAAUGCUGGCUGGAAUAAAAAACCCUGAAGUAAAUUCUGGAAAAGUUUCCUGUGUUUCUCUUUCAAAAUAAUUAUGCUAUAGAACUAGAUUUUUUUGUGUGUGUGAGUGUUGUAUAACUUAUUUAAUAAAGAAGUUGUUUUAUAGAAGUUAUCAUAAGUCAGUUACCUUUUGAAAUGAUUAGCUGAGGGCAUGCAAGAUAAAUUUUUAGAUAAAGCCAUUGAUGUGCCUUACCUUAACAUCAAGCAAUAAAAAUGUUUCUACAGCUUU